AUGGCCGUCGUCUACGAGGGGCAGCUCAAGGGGCACCGCGGCUGGGUGACCUCCCUCGCCUGCCCGCAGAUCCCUGAGACGUACAUCAAGGCGGUGUCGACCUCCCGCGACAACACGCUCAUCGCGUGGGGCGGCAACCAGGACCGCAACAGCGAGGAGUGCGAGUACGGCUUCCCGGAGCGCCGCCUGGAGGGCCACAGCGCGUUCGUGUCGGACGUCGCCCUUUCGAACAACGGCGACUUCGCCGUCUCCGCCUCGUGGGACCGCUCCCUGCGCCUGUGGAACCUGCAGAACGGCAGCUGCCAGCAGAAGUUCCUGGGCCACACCAAGGACGUGCUCUCCGUGACCU